AUGUCGGACCAUGUGCCACUGUUCCCGCAGCUCCUGCGGCGGGUCCAGUUCCAUCUCUCGUGCAAAUGGGGUUGGAAGGCGAAGACGACGGCGCGGCGGCUGGCGCAGCCUGAUGAAGAACUCGAAGGGGUUAUCCCCGACGUGGCCCUCCACCAGGGGAGGGGCCGCUGGUGGAGGCUUUUCUAUUUCAGAAAUUUAAGAGAGAGGGAGAAGAGAGUCUGCAGCCCAGCUCCUCCAUGGCCCAAGGCCCAGCCGCGGUGCCCGCUGUUAACCCUAGCCCCGAGUCCCCCGAUCCAAUCUCUCCCCCUCGUUUCCCCUCAGCGCCGUCACCUCCCUCGCUACCGCGUCCGCUUCCCUCGAUCCCCAUCUCCCUGCGCCCGACCAUCUCCUCGCAGGCCGCCCGCAGCUCCCGCGCCACCGUACGCUCCUCCCAUCGCCUCAAACUCCUCCACCCGAGCCGCUCCUCCUCACCUCGUCUCCCUCAUCGUGGCUGCCCACGAGGCUCCUGCCACCGGCGCCUCUUCCUGGCCGGAUUCGUCGCCCAUCGCGCCAUCUCCUGCGCCCGGUCCCCUUGCCGGCUUGCCGCCUCCAGCCGCUCCUCUACAGCUCCUCCUCCGCCUCCAGCUGCACCCUCUCGCCGACGCCGCGCCCGGACCUUCCCCGACCUCCUCGUCAUCGCUUCGCCCGUUCGUGACCACCGGUGCCCUCGCCGGAGCUUCCGCAAGCCGUGCCCGUGGCUCCAAGCCCCUCCGCCAUCUCCCUGGCCAAGUUAAGGCCAGGGCCGACCCCAAGCUCUCCUGUGCUGCCGUCAUCAGCCGCAGGCGCAGGUCCGGCAAGAUCACCUCUGCUGCUUCGUCGCCCUCCUGCGCCUCCCGCGAACCCGCCUUCCUUGCUGAGCCCCGUGGCGUGGCCCUUCUCCGGCAACUAGCGCCCCUUCAUGGACAACCACCACUGCCGGUGCACGCCUCUGGAUUCGUCCAAGUCCGAUGCUAUUUUUGUACAACUACGCUGCGGAGACCAAGACCACCAAGUCCGCACGGGAGCCCGAACGACUACUUCCACGACGAUGCAAGUACAAGUACCCUCUUCGUGGUUUUCGCCAAGUACCGCACCGGACGCCAAGUACCCCUUCGAGUUGACAAGACCGGCAAGCCCGACGACCUCGGACAUCUACGAAAACGUGUACCCCUAUCGUCGACCCUCGAAGACCCCGUGGACCCCGAACAUCUACGAUCAUGAACAAAUACUUCAUCUACGGAACGUGUACAACUACCGCCGCCGCCGUGUACCACUACUUCCACUACCGUCACAUGAACGACGACUUCCACUACGCCGUGUACGACUACUUCCCACGACGACCCGUGAACGUCUACCUCUACUACGGCCCAUGAACGUCUACGAGAUGUACCACUACCGUCGGCCCGUGAACGACUACUUCCCUCUACGAAACGCGAACCGUCCCGUUUGAACGCUUCGAAGUUGCAGGUGCCGAUGAUACCAGUGCAGGUGAUGCAACCGACCUCAGAUGGGAGCUCAAAGAAGAUCUCAGUUGUUGCUAUGUUUUGUUUAUUGUUGAUCAGUAGUGGAGCCCAGUUGGGACGAUCGGGGAUCUAGCAGUUGGGUUAUCUUCUUUUCUUUUGGCUUUGUCCGUAGUCGGACUAUGUGUGUGUACUCUGAAUGAUGUAUGAUUUAUUUAUGUUCAUUGUGUGAAGUGGCGAUUGUAAGCCAACUCUUUAUCCCAGUCUUGU